UAUGCUGCUGGGAAUGAGUCAGUGGAACUCCAAUGACCUGGUGGAACAGAUUGAGAACUUGGGGCAGAUUGAACACACACAAGACAGCUUGUGCCAUAUUGACCAGCCUAGAUGUAUCCACCAGGGUAGCAUUGACGCACUAGAGGAUACUGAGACAAAGUGUAACACCCAGGUCCUUGUGCUAGUGGUGCAUGGAGGUAACAUUCUAGACCCAGCUGGUGGUGACCCAAGUGCAAAGGCUGCAGAUGUAACAACUCUGGCCUCAGUGCUGGAUAAGGUAGCACAGGCACACUUUGAGGCUGCCACCCAUCAUGUGUUGAUGAAACUGGUACCCUGUCCUGCUGUGUGUUCAGAGGCUUUCUCUCUGGUCUCCAGCCUGAACCCUUACAGCUAUGAUGAGAGCUCUUUGUCAAGCAGUGUGGACCACUUGCCUCUGGCUGCUCUCCCCCUUCUUGCCAUUGCUACACCACAAUACCAGGAUGCAGUGGCAGCUGUCAUCACCCAAGCCAAUCAGGUCUACCACGACUUUUUGCGGUCUCCUGAUGGGCAAGGUUUCACUGGCAAGGUAUGUUUGUUGGGUGACUGUGUGGGUGGUGUGCUGUGUUUUGAUGCUCUCUGUUUCAGCAACUGCCCACAGCAUGUCAGCUGCAGUCACAGAAGCAGACACAACAGUAUGGAGAGUCUAAAGGACAACACGGGGUAUCUGAGAGAGACAGACUCAAGUUUAAGUUCUAGCAAGCGACUCAGCAAAAGCAAUAUUGACAUCUCGAGUGACUCGUGUGACAUAGACUCUUCAAACAGCCAGCAUCAUUCAUUUUUUAGCAGUGUAAUCCAGGAUGGAGUAGACCUAAGCUCUGAAGGCAUCAGUCCAAUGUUGAAUCCAGACUGUUUUGACUUCGAGGUUUCUGAGUGUUUCCUGCUCGGUAGUCCACUUGGACUGGUGUUAGCCAUGAGACACACUGUACUUCCUUCAGUACAGAUGACUCAACUGCGGCCUGCCUGCUCUCAGAUCUUCAAUCUGUUUUACCCAUCUGACCCCUCAGCAUCCAGACUGGAGCCCCUCCUGAAUUCUUACUUUCACAGACUUCCGCCGUUUCCUGUGCCUCGAUACCAGCGUUACCCACUAGGCGAUGGCCGAUCCACCCUAAUCGCUGAUGGCAUCCACAGUCACCCUGAUGUGUUUCUAGAUAAAGAAACUGGAACCCCCUCUUCCCCAUGUGUAGCUGGUACAGAUGGGGAAGUGAAGCAGGUAGUUAGUGAGGGCCGGAAAGGAAGUGUGACCAGCACAGACAGUCAAGCAUCUGGUUGUUGGGAGAGCAAGCUUAGCUGCACUGUUGCCAACAUCACAAGUAGCUGGUGGGGCUCCAAACGGUUAGACUAUGCAUUGUAUUGUCCUGAUGUCCUAACAGCAUUUCCCACUGUGGCUCUGCCUCAUCUGUUCCAUGCGUCCUACUGGGAGUCCACUGAUGUGGUGGCCUUUCUUCUCAGACAGGUAAUGCAUUGUGACUGUGUGAAGUCUCAGGAGGCAGACAACUUAGAGUUCACCUCUUUUUCUCCUUCCGGUACAAGAGAGAAAUGGCUACGGAGACGUACUCAUGUCAAACUAAGGAAUGUCACAGCCAACCACAGGGUGAACGAUGUUAUUGCGACGGAGGAAGGGCAGCAGACUCUGGUUGGUCGUUUUAUGUAUGGCCCUCUGGACAUGGUGACGCUGACAGGGGAAAAGGUUGACAUUUACCUGAUGACUCAGCCUCAGUCUGGACGUUGGGUACAUUUUGACACUGAGGUCACCAACAGCAGUGGCAGAGUGUUCUAUACCAUCCCUGACAGCAAAAAGCUGCCUGUCGGUGUAUAUCCCAUUAAAAUGGUUGUCAAAGGAGAUCAAACUUGUGCAGAAGCUUUUCUGACAGUGCUGCCUAGAGGGAUGGAGUGUGUAGUGUUUAGCAUUGAUGGAUCCUUUGCUGCUAGUGUGUCUAUCAUGGGCAGUGACCCUAAAGUGCGACCUGGAGCUGUGGAUGUGGUCAGACAUUGGCAGGAUCUGGGCUAUUUGAUCAUCUACAUCACUGGUCGUCCAGACAUGCAGAAACAGAGAGUGGUUUCAUGGCUUUCUCAGCACAACUUCCCCCAGGGCAUGAUCUUCUUCUCCGAGGGGUUGGUGCAUGACCCACUGCGCCAGAAAACUAUCUUUCUCAGGAAUCUGAUGCAGGAGUGUCACAUUAAAAUCAACUCAGCCUACGGCUCAAUGAAAGACAUCUCUGUCUACAGCAUGCUGGGUCUCAGCCCUGACCAAAUAUAUAUAGUGGGCAGACCAUCCAAGAAAUACCAAAACCAGUGUCAGUUUCUCAGUGAUGGAUAUGCAGUGCACCUGUCUUCAUUGCAAUUUGGUCACCGGACCCGGGUCAAGAAGAACUCGUCAAUGCGCAUGGUGCUGCGUAAGAGCUCUUUCGGCCUGUCUGCAAAGCCAGACUUCCUCUCCAAGCGCACCCACCUUCGUCGCACCAUGUCUGUGCAGCAGGCUGAGCCACCCACAGCUCUGAAUCACAAACCAGAGCGUGCACAAAGCCAACCUGAAUCUGAUAAAGAGGCUGAAGAAAGAGGUGGUCACGUAAUUUGGAUGCGGGGGGGCAUGCAUCGGGGGGACACCACUCCCUGACCACAAAGAGAGAAAAUCAGUGUAGAGGAAGAGAAGGUUUCUUAGUGGGCAAGAUCUAGCACUUUCGCCUGGUCUCGGCCUGCAGCUAAUGAUGUACCCAGAUCCAAGCAACCUGCUUCGUCUUCAUGGAUUUUAGAUUCCAC